CGGACGCGUGUCCGUCUCGCCUUUGAUGCCAUUGUACAGCAGCGUUGCCAUCGUGGACUCCGGCGUUGUUUCUCUACGACUGCAGGGUUCCGCGGCGGGCGUGUCUGAGGCGGCUGUCGGAGGCGUGACGUGGCGAACCGUGCGAGGAUGGGCAGAGAUGGACAGUCAUGGCUGCUCAAAUGGUCUACGCGAUGAAGAGAUCGACGCCGUGGCGAUGGCGGUGACUGCCGUUGUCGUGAACACGAUGGGCGACAAGGAGUCCUCGUCGCGCGACAUGCUGACGCGGCUCCGGCAACGAAAACCGCUGUUGCAGAGCGUUGCAGAGGCGCCGGAUUGCGCGGCGACGUGUGAGGCGGUCGUCCAGUUGUGUGCCGCGGUGACGUCUGGCGUUUUCCGGCGGCAGACUCCGCGAUGGUGGAUCAAACGACGGACUGGCGGGACAUGGGAGGACCUCCGGCUUCGGGACGACGCGACGGACGAGUACUUCCGGCAGAAGCUGCGCAUGUCGACGGCCAUAUUCAACCACAUCGUAGCCGCGUGCGCCGCGUACAUGGAGAAGAAGGUGACGCACUAUCGAAUGCCAUUGCCAGUGGAGCAGCUGAUUGCUUUCGCGUUAUACAGGUGGGCGUCCGGAGAGACGUACGAGAGCGGCACGUCAGCAUUUGGCAUCGGCAGGGCAACUGGACUGCAGGCCGUCCGCGACGUCACUUCGGCGCUGUUGCAGGCGUACCCCGACGCGAUAAAGUGGCUAAUGGGCAGGAGACGUGCGCAGAUUCUGCGCGCUUUCCGUGAGAAGGGUUUCCCAAACUGCUUCGGCGCUAUCGACUGUACAUACAUCUACAUUGACAAGCCCGCCGACGCACCUUCCGAGAACUACUAUGACCGCAAACAGAAGUUCUCCGUGCAGGCGCAGGUGGUUGUGGAUUUGGGUUUGCGGAUCCUCGACGUCCACGUGGGAUACCCUGGAAGUGUGCACGAUGUCCGUGUCCUGCACAAUUCCCAGUUGUUUAGGCGUGCAGAAAGUGGUGAGCUGUUCGACGCAACUCCGGAGAAUUUGCCGCAGGUGUCGUCAUUUGAGGCUACCUGCUGGGCGACAACGGUUAUCCAGUUGCCUGUCCGUGGAUUGUGUCGCCGUACGGAGGAAUCGACCAAGGUGCUGACAGGGAGCGCUUCGACACGCGGAAAAAGGUGGCACCAGGGGUGUGUGGAGAGGGCAUUCGACCGACUCAAGUGCAUGUGGCGUCUGUUCUUGCGCACCCAUAAGAUGAACCUAGAGACCUUUCAACACCUGCAACAGCCACACCAGCGGCACCUGCCGCCUCCCCUCGUGCUGCACGCGCAUCUGCCACGACUCCCCCCCCACCACCUCGUUGGCGAGAUGCACCGUCACCACCGUCGUUGCGCUGAUGCGGCUGAGACGGCGCGCAAGGCAGUGCACCUGUGAUCGGCCUUUCGUCGUCCGUAGCGCGAGCCGUCGACACCGCCACUGUGGUCGCUUGUGUCGCACUGCGCAGGCGAC